AGACUUUGGUUCGACUCAGUGCAACAUAAACCACCGACCGGUAUACGACGCGACCGCUGCUGUGUUUAUUAUUUUCUACCACAUAAAAAGUAAGUGUAUUUCAGAAGAUUAUUAAUUGCUAGUGAUAAAUAAAAAUGUCUCAUGAAAUGGAAGUGACUGUGCAACCGCCGGAAAGUAUUGAUAUCGAUCGCAAUGCGCCAUGCUCUGAAGCGAAUAAUUUCACCGGGAAUAUUACCGAUGUGCAGUGCAGUAAUUUUAGCUUUCGUAACAAAUCUUCUAAUAAUGCAAGUUCGUUUCGAAUUGAGGCCAUAUUGGCCAGUGCUAGUGAUAGUAAAAAUGAGUCCUCGAAUGCUACAGUGAAUAAGGAUUACAAACUGGAUGCUUUCUUGAAUGACGAAUCUUAUUCAGGGCCUUUAUCGUCUGUUUCGUCUGAUUCUAGUCCCAGUAUAAGCCCAGGCUGUGAAAACCAAGAGCAUUACAAAGAUGAUGUGGAUACCAACGAUGCAGAGAGGGAUAUCAAUAGCUACCAAGGAUUCCCUCCCUAUUAUAAUCUCUCCAACUCUGCCUUCAUGUUUUGUUCCAGCAACAACGUCUCGGGACGAAACGAAUCUGAGCUAAAGUACCCCUUGGAAGAUAUUAGAGGUCAGUUGAACUUCCCGCAGUUACCUCAGUUGGAGUUCUUGAGGCAACCCUACCUAUACUAUCCACGGCUCACUGAAAUGGAGUUAUCAGGCCAACACACGGUGUACGGUAAGAAUCGGCGACCCCGAACAGCAUUCACAUCCCAACAACUACUGGAGCUAGAGAAACAAUUUAAAGUUAGCAAGUAUUUAUCUAGACCGAAGCGAUAUGAAGUUGCCAACAAUUUACUGCUGUCUGAAACCCAGGUCAAAAUAUGGUUUCAAAACAGACGAAUGAAGUGGAAGCGCUCCAAAAAGAUGAACGAUUCAAAGAAACUUGCUCACAACGCUGCAUCCGCCAGUAGUAAUCCACAGUAUAACGAACCCAAAAAGAUCACUCCCGAUAAUAUCAUCCAAACUAACGCAGCUGAAAACCCAGAAUCUAAUCCCGAACAUCAAUUGAGUAGCAAUACAAGUCUUACAGGUCAAGCCAAACUAGCAGUAUCGUCCAACUAUAUGAAACAUGAUAGAUGUACAAAUGGCAAUUCUAUAACCGCAAAGCAGUCUAUGCUUCGAUUAGACCAAGAAAAAUGUAACGUUUUCAAACCAUAUAUAACGUAAAACCGGAAGUGAAACAUUUAUAA